AUGUCCACAAACGCUAGUGUCAAAAGUUUUCAGAAUUGCUUGGAAACUGAAGUGCCAGGUUACAAUGACUGCCCAUCGUUCUUGUACCAAGUGAACAAAGUAUCCGCAAGAGGCGGCAGAAGAAAUAGGAUAGCUGCAAAAGUACGAGACAUAUGUGGGAAUACUACAGCGCCUAGCAUGCCUCCCCCGCUGACAAAUUCCACUGCAAAAGAAACUGAUGAUGAAGGGCACUCGCAAAUUAUGUCGAAAGAAGAGGUUCUUGCGAAGGUUCGAGAUGUAUAUAAUGCCGAGAGUAAGCUGUCUGUCCAAGAGUUUGAGUUUUACAGGCGGAAAGUAGACUUGAAUAUGACGAAAAGUCUCGAUUCAGAGUCGACGAGGCGCGUGUUGACGACUGUCCUGGAAGAAUUGGAGGAUAAGGACAGGUGCGCCCGCAUAUUGAGGGAAUGGCUGACCUCUGACGUUACAAUCUCCAGUUGGUGCCCAGCCUUUCUCAAAAUAUAUGAAAAUGCGUCAAUUAUUUAA